AUGAAUACCGAGUUUGGAACUGAGUAUUUAUCUAACUUAAUUUCAUUCCUUCUUUCUUCUCCCUCUUUCUUUCUUUUAGAAUAUAUAUAUUGUUACUUCUUUUUUCUUACAGACUUCUUUUCUCUCAUGCUUCUUUCUAUUUUCUCUUUCUUUUCAUUAAAGUUUCUAUAUGAUUUCUUUCUUUUUUUUCAUACCUUCUUUCUUUUCCUUUUCUUUCUUUCUUUCUUUCUUUCUUUCUUUCUUUCUUACGUCACUCUUUUUUGUUUCUUUUUGUCUUCUUAUUUUUUUUCUUUUCGGAUUUAUCUUUUGUUAUUUUUUCUCCCCUUUUCGUUCUUUCUUUCUUUUUUUCUUUCUUUCUUUCUUUCUUUCUUUCUUUUAUAUCCAUUUAUUUCUUCGUUUCUUUCUUUCUUUCUUUCUUUCUUUCUUUUACAUCCAUUUCUUUCUUUCUUUCUUUUACAUCCAUUUCUUUCUUUCUUUCUUUCUUACGUCACUCUUUUUUGUUUCUUUUUGUCUUCUUAUUUUUUUCUUUUCGGAUUUAUCUUUUGUUAUUUUUUCUCCCCUUUUCGUUCUUUCUUUCUUUCUUUAUGUAUCGAGAUUUUCAAUCUGGUUCCUUUCUUUUCUUUCUUCUUUCUUCCCGAGUUUUUCUUUCUUUCUUUCUUUCUUUCUUUCUUUCUUUCUUUCUUUUGGAAUAUAUAUAUUGUUACUUUCUUCUUACAGACUUCUUUUCUCUCAUGCUUCUUUCUAUUUUCUCUUUCUUUCUUUUCAUUAAAGUUUCUAUAUGAUUUCUUUCUUUUUUUUCAUACCUCCUUCCUUUUUCCUUUCUUUCUUUCUUUUUUCAUUUCUUUCUUUCUUUCUUACGCCACUCUUUUUGUUUCUUUUUGUCUUCUUAUUUUUUCUUUUCGAAUUUAUCGUUUGUUCUUUCUUCCUUUCUUCUCCCCUUUUCGUUCUUUCUUUCUUUAUGUAUAUCGAUAUUUUCAAUCUGUUUUCAUUCUUUUCUUACCUUCCUUCUAUCCGAGUCUUUUUUUCUUCCAUUCAUUCUUUCACCCGACCAGAUAUGGCAACAGUCUUCAAUACAGGGACGAAUGGUAG